AUGGGGUCAACACAAUUUGGAAAUUUCCAUAAUUUCUGCCGUGACUCGACGUUACCAGUCUGCAACUUAUUCAAUCCUCCUACCAACAGCAAUUUCGGAUAUGGAGGCUGCGAGCUUACGGGUAUAUCUUUGAGUGGUGGGAAACAUCUAGGAAAUCUGGGCUCAAUAGUAAUUGCAGGAAUUGCAAUUGUAAUUACUGCAUUCUUGAUAUGGCGUUCAGAUCGAAAACAGGCAGCAGUGGGAAGAAGGGAGAUGCAACUCUUCCUCGUAGGAUAUCUGAUUAUCGAAAUAUGUGAAAUAUUUACUGUGGGCGAGUUUCCUUUGAGCGCAACUGUUCGAAUAGCAUUCACGGGUAUCCACCUAGGAAUGAUCAGCGCAACAUUAUGGAUUCUGAUGCUGAAUGCCGUUGUGGGCUAUCAGAUAAUCGACGACGGGACCGCUAUGUCACUAGUCCUUAUGUUUGCUUCAGCAGCAGCUCUCUUCAUCGGGACUGGAUACAUUGCUCUCGAUACUGGAUACAGCUGGACCGGACACUUCGACUCAAGUCUAAUUGGUCAAGGCAACGGCCAGAACCGAAAUGUUGCUCUCUACGUCCUAUAUCAACUCGCGCCAUUAGUAUUUCUGUUCGUAUUCUUCGUCCUAGAGAUAGUCCUGGUCAUUAAGGUUUUGGGCGAGCGUAAACCCAUGAUUUUCUUAGCGGGUGCUGCUGUUCUAUUUGCUCUUGGCCAAAUUUUCAAUUAUGUGAUCAGCCCUCAUAUUUGCAACGGCACAAACGGCAAAAUCGAUGGGGCUCUUUUCGAGACGCUCUUCACUUUACUAUCUGUGGUCAUGAUAUGGACGUUUUGGUCAAGUAUUACAGAAGAUGAUUGGCCAAUGCCUGUCGCAAACACAUAUUCAUGA